GGGCUCUGGCUCUGGCUCUUUUACUCUUGCACUCAUGGCGGAGAGCAGACCUCACACCGCCGCCGCUCGGAUCCGCCAAACCCGCGUCUGAUCAGGAGCCCAGGACGACAUGAGCGCUGCUGAGAGCGAGGACAGACUGGACGUUGUGUUUCUGCUUUUACUGAGUCCCAGAGAGCCAGCUGCAUCCAUACUCGGUGUCCUCGCCAGGCCGGGGAGGCUGUGAGUUAUUGGGAAAGGAACUGAAGAACAAACAGGGGAAAUGGCUGCGACCGCGGGCUUCUCCUCCAACGGACCUGUACCCUGGACGCUGAGCGACACCGAGGUGAACAAUCUGUACCGGGAUCUGGAGCUGGGCACUGUACUGACGCUCUUUUACUCCAAAAAGUCCCAGAGGCCCGAGAGAAGGACGUUUCAAGUCAAGCUGGAGACCAGGCAGAUUAUCUGGACCAGAGGAACGGAUAAAAUCGAGGGCGAGAUUGAUAUUCGGGAGAUUAAGGAGAUCCGCAUGGGCCAGAAGUCACGAGACUUCGAGCGAUAUGUGGAGGACUCGACCGCCCGGCCCGACCAGGCCCACUGCUUCGUCAUCCUCUACGGCACAGAGUUUCGGCUCAAAGCGCUCAGUCUGGCAGCGACCUCAGACGAGGAGAUGGUCAUGUGGGUGAAGGGUUUGACCUGGCUGGUGUCCGAUACACUACGCUCCCCCACACCCCUGCAGAUAGAGAGGUGGCUGAGAAAACAGUUUUACGCAGUGGAUCGUAACAGAGAAGACAGAAUUUCCUGUAAGGAUCUGAAGAGUAUGCUGUGCCAGGUCAACUACAGAGUUCCCAAUAUGAGGUUCUUACGAGAGAAACUUCCGGAUGGAGAGCCGAGGAAUGGAGAUGUAUCUUAUAGUCAUUUUGCGCAGUUGUACCGCAGCCUGAUGUUUGACGCACAGAAAUCAAUGGAGAUUCCACUGCUGCAAAGGCUUAUUGAGAGACCAGAGCAGAAGAUCUUACUGGAGGACUUCCAGAACUUCCUGAUUGAACAUCAGAAGGAGCUCUGGGCUACAGACAAUAACAAGGUGCAGGAGUUCAUGUUCCUCUACCUGAAGGAUCCUCUGCGAGAGAUCGAGCAGCCAUACUUUCAUCAAGACGAGCUGCUCACGUAUCUGUUCUCUAAAGAGAACACUAUCUGGGACUCGCAGCUCGAUCAGGUGAGGCCCGAGGACAUGAACAACCCCCUGUCCCACUACUGGAUCUCCUCGUCCCACAACACGCUUAUUGAGAGACCAGAGCAGAAGAUCUUACUGGAGGACUUCCAGAACUUCCUGAUUGAACAUCAGAAGGAGCUCUGGGCUACAGACAAUAACAAGGUGCAGGAGUUCAUGUUCCUCUACCUGAAGGAUCCUCUGCGAGAGAUCGAGCAGCCAUACUUUCAUCAAGACGAGCUGCUCACGUAUCUGUUCUCUAAAGAGAACACUAUCUGGGACUCGCAGCUCGAUCAGGUGAGGCCCGAGGACAUGAACAACCCCCUGUCCCACUACUGGAUCUCCUCGUCCCACAACACCUAUCUGACGGGAGACCAGUUUUCCAGUGAGUCGUCUCUGGAGGCGUACGCCCGCUGUCUGCGGAUGGGCUGCAGAUGCAUCGAGUUGGACUGCUGGGACGGUCCUGAUGGGAUGCCUGUUAUCUACCACGGUCACACCCUCACCACCAAGAUCAAGUUCAACGAUGUGCUUUCCACCAUCAAAGAACACGCCUUCAUUACGUCUGACUAUCCCAUCAUCCUCUCCAUCGAGGACCACUGCAGUAUUGUCCAGCAGAGAAACAUGGCCACCUACUUUAAGAAAGUGUUUGGAGAGAUGCUCCUGACCAAAGCGGUGGACAUCUCAGCCGACGGUCUCCCCUCGCCCAAUCAGCUCAAGAGGAAGAUCCUGAUCAAGCACAAGAAAUUAGCUGAGGGAAGUGCGUACGAGGAGGUCUCGUCUUCAACGCCCUACUCGGAGAACGACAUCAGCAACUCCAUCAAGAACGGCAUCCUGUACCUGGAGGAUCCCAUCAACCACGAGUGGUAUCCUCACUUCUUUGUCCUGACCAGCAAUAAGAUCUAUUACUCUGAAGAGACGUCAAGUAAUCAAGGGAACGAGGAUGAGGAGGAGCACAGAGAGAUCAUUAACAGCAUGGACCAGCAUGUGACGGAGAAGUGGUUUCACGGGAAGCUGGGAGCGGGGCGUGAUGGGCGUCAGAUCGCGGAGCGUCUGCUGUCGGAGUACUGCCUGGAGACCGGCGCGCCCGACGGCUCGUUCCUGGUGCGGGAGAGCGAGACCUUCGUGGGAGACUACACUCUCUCCUUCUGGCGGUCCGGUCGGGUUCAGCACUGCAGAAUUCACUCUCGGCAGGAGGCCGGCAACCCCAAGUUCUACCUGACGGAUAACCUGGUGUUCGACACGCUGUUCGCGCUCAUCACACAUUACCAGCAGGUGCCUCUGCGCUGCAACGAGUUUGAGAUGAAGCUGACCGAGCCAGUGCCGCAGACCAACGCUCACGAGAGCAAAGAGGAGCCUGAUUAUGGAUCUCUGUAUGAGGGCCGUAACCCUGGAUUCUAUGUGGAAGCCAAUCAGAUGCCCACGUUUAAGUGCACAGUACGAGCCAUGUAUGAAUACAAAGCCCAGCGCGAUGAUGAACUUUCCUUCAGUAAGAACGCCAUCAUUCAGAACGUGGACAAACAGGAAGGAGGCUGGUGGAAGGGAGACUAUGGCGGGAAGAAGCAGCUGUGGUUCCCUGCGAAUUACGUGGAGGAAAUCAGCCCGACGGCCACGGAGCCUGACAGAUCACAGGCCACAGAGAACAGUCCUCUGGGAGAUCUCCUGAGAGGAAGUAUGGACGUGUCUUCCUGUCAGAUCGUGGUCAGGCCUGAAGGGAAGGGCAGCAGACAGUUCGUCUUCUCUUUGGUGCCUGUGGCUUCGCCUCGCACCGGCCCGGUGCUGGACAUCGCAGCCAGUUCACAGGAGGAGCUGAAGGACUGGGUGGUGAAGAUUCGUGAGGUCACCAUGACCUCUGAAGCCAAGCUUGAGGAGGGUAAAAUGAUGGAAAGAAGAAAGAAGAUUGCUCUAGAGCUGUCAGAUCUGGUCAUCUACUGCCGACCGGUUCCUUUCGAUGAAGACAAAAUCGGGACGGAGCGGGCCUGUUUCCGGGACAUGUCCUCGUUCCCCGAGACCAAAGCGGAGAAGUAUGUGAACCGCAUCAAAGGAAAGAAGUUCCUGCAGUACAACCGGCUGCAGCUCUCGCGGAUCUACCCUCGCGGUCAGCGCCUGGACUCGUCCAACUAUGACCCGUUACCCAUGUGGCUGUGUGGCAGUCAGCUGGUGGCCCUUAACUUCCAGACCGCAGAUAAGCCCAUGCAGAUGAAUCAGGCGCUCUUCAUGCUGAACGGCAGGAGCGGUUACGUGCUGCAGCCGCCCAUCAUGAGAGACGACAGCUUCGACCCGUUUGACCGGCACUCUCUGAGAGGACUGGAGCCCAUCACGCUCUGCAUAGAGGUUUUGGGAGCGCGCCACCUGCCCAAACACGGUCGAGGUAUCGUUUGCCCUCUCAUCGAGAUCGAAGUUUGUGGAGCAGAAUAUGACAACGCCAAGCAGAGGACUGACUCUGAAGCGGACAACGGUCUGAAACCCACCUGGCCCAGAAAACCCUUCCGAUUCACCGUGUGCAAUCCUUCCUUUGCCUUCCUGCGCUUCGUGGUCUAUGAAAUCGACAUGUUCAACGACCAGAACUUUCUCGCCCAGGCAACGUUCCCCAUCAACUGCCUCAAAACAGGCUACCGGUCGGUCCCGCUGAAGAACAGCUACAGUGAGGAUCUGGAGUUGGCGUCUCUGCUGGUGCACAUGGACAUCGUCAGAGGAAGGCAUGAGAACGGCGAGAUGCUGAGUCCGUUCUCGGCGACGGGGGCCAUGGCCAUGCAGGUGGGCCGGGAGCGGAUGGGGGACACCAGCUCCGUCUCCUCCGCGUCCUCCAUGUCCCCCCUGCCCUCGUCUCCGGGCCAGGCGCUGGGAUAUCGCGGGCGGGAGGGCUCGAUCGAGGCCCGCUACCAGUCUCCGCUGGAGGACUUCAGAGUGUCACAGGAGGGGCUGAUGGAUCACGAGAACAGGAGGCUCCGCAGGGCUCGCGUCAGCGCCGACAACCGAGCGUAACCCGAGCUUGCGACGGACAGACGCAAGGCCAGCGACAAGGGUCCCACAGAGCUGAUGAUGUCAAGGACUGCAUUGAAACCCGCUUCUGUGGAAAUCGGCAUCGCCAGCGUUUUCGGACAGAUCUCCCUCUCUCUGCGACUCUCUCCCGCUCCGGGCCGCGCGGGGCGUGAACGAAGCUGCGGCUCACGGACAGAAACAAACAAUUAUCUGCUUAGCUACAAUCUGAACCUGCGGCGGACGGGACAAGGGGGUGUUCUGAUGCAGAGCGAGAAUCGGGUACAAGGCCAAUGUUUCAAAACUGAGUGGGGGCUGUAUCAUUCAUCCCUUUGAAACCGAUUCCAGGUUAACAUUUAUGGAGUAAUAAUGCUUUUUCUUUACUCUAUCUCUCUGGCUUAUAUAUAUAAAUAUAUAAAUGUGUGUGCGUGCCCCAUUUUGCUGUCGAUUAGAAAAGUGUUGCAGCUGAUCUGCUCUCAAAGAGCCUCUCACUCCAGAUUCUUAUUUCAUUUCAGAUUGAUUAUUUUUUAUUAUUUAAACAUGUUUCAUAAUGCUAAUUGUUUUUUUCUAUAUGAGUUUUUUUAACAUGAGGGCUUGGCCUUUUUAAGUUGUUUCUCGCAUUCUUGCGCUUUCUCUUUCCUCUGUCCGAGUUGAUGGACUAAACUGUUUGACACGUCCCAGGAUGCUCUUGUUUUUUUGUUUUUUUUAAGACAGGCAGGUGGCAGUAUGGGAGAUCUCAUUGAAGCAGUCGCUGUCUGAGCAUCAGGAAGACAUUCUUCGACCUUUAACAACCUUUUUUUUUUUUUUAAACAAAGUUACGACGUUAUCAAGUGACCA